AUGGCCGCCUCUGCCUCUGUGACAGGCAGGGUCACGUGGGCAGCCUCGCCUAUGAGGUCGCUGGGGCUCGGCCGGCGAUUGUCCCUUCCCGGACCCCGUCUCGAGACGGUGACUGCCGCUGUCAACCCGAGCCUGAGCGAUCAUGGCAACGGGCUCGGGCGGGGAACGCGUGGCAGCGGCUGCAGCGGCGGCAGUUUGGUGGCGGGCUGGGGCGGCGGAGCGGCGGCGGCGGCGGCGGUGGCACUGGCACUGGCCCCGGCCCUGAGCGCCAUGCGGCGGGGCAGCUCCGAGAGCGAGCUGGCGGCCCGGUGGGAGGCGGAGGCGGUGGCUGCGGCCAAAGCGGCGGCCAAAGCUGAGGCCGAGGCCACAGCGGAGACGGUGGCGGAACAUGUCCGCGUGGACGCGGGCAUGGCCGGGGAACCGGAGUGCAAGGCAGGGGAGGAGCAGCCCAAGGCCCUGGCUCCGGCCCCGGCGCAGCCCAGUGCGGCUGAGGAGGGGGACACCCAGGUCCUUCAGCGGCCGCCGCCCACGCUGCCCCCGUCCAAGCCGAAGCCGGUGGAGGGCCUCCGCCCGCACGGGAAGCCCCGGGGCAAGGGCCGAAGCUGCAAGCGGAGCUCGGGCCACGGUUCCAGCGAGAACGGCUCCCAGCGGCCGGUCACCGUGGACAGCUCCAAGGCCAGGACCUCCCUGGAUGCCCUGAAGAUCAGCAUCCGCCAGCUCAAGUGGAAAGAGUUCCCAUUUGGCCGGUGCUUGCCUUGUGACAUCUACUGGCAUGGAGUUUCAUUUCACGACAAUGACAUAUUCUCCAGUCAAGUGAACAAGUUUCCAGGCAUGACGGAGAUGGUGCGUAAAAUUACUCUGAGCAGAGCAGUGAGAACCAUGCAGAAUCUCUUUCCUGAGGAGUACAACUUCUACCCUCGCUCAUGGAUUCUGCCUGAUGAGUUCCAGCUCUUUGUUGCUCAGAAUCAAUUGUCAAGUGACCCAUUCCAUCUCGAAGCACCAGGUUUGAGCAUGUAAUACACUGGAGCCCUCACCACUGAUUGUGAAGUGGAACUCAGAAUUGCCAUUUUUGUUAGCCUUUUAACAGUUUCAUUUAGGAUCCCUUCAAAGCCUUUGUGUACAAGUUUCACAGUCUGUCCCAUAACUCUGGGGUAACUAUACAACCAAUGCCUGUCUAAUUGUGAUAAGGCUAACACCAUUUACUGUUCCUGCUAUGUUCCAGGCUUUGUGCUAGAGGUUUAACAUUUUUUAUUUAUUUUUAUUUUUGUGUUUUUGAGAUGGAGUGUUGCUCUGUUGCCUAGGCCAGAGUGCAGUGGUGCGAUCUUGGCUUACUGCAGCUUCUGCCUCGUGGGUUCAAGCCAUUCUCCUGCCUCUGCCUUCUGAGUAGCUGGGACUACAGGCGGGUGCCACCACACCAGCUUUCUUUUUUUUUUUUUGUAUUUUUUGUAUUUUUGGUAGAGAUGGUGUUUCACCGUGUUGGCCAGGCUGGUCUCGAACUCCUGACCUCAUGCGAUCUGCCCGCCUCAGCCUCCCAAAGUGCUGGGAUUAUAGGCAUAAGCCACCACGCCCAGCCCACAUUAUUUCUUUUAAUCUUCACAGCAAUCUUGUGAGGCUGGUUUUAUUAUUAUCCCCAUAUUAUGGAUGAGGAAACUGAGGCUUUGAAAAAUUUAGCAACUUGCUUGAGAAGUAAGGUUUAAAACCUAGAGCUAUUUCCAAGGCAUAUGCUUUCUAUAGUCUAUUUUAUUGCCUCUGUAUUGUUUUGGUUUUAAUAUUGAAUUAUAAAACUUGUAAUAAAAUUAUCAUUUACUAAACACAAAAACAGCUUGAAGUGAUAAUUUUUAAAGGAAGUUUUCUCUGAGAUGGUGGUCACAUGGGUUUAUAUACAUUGCUUAAAAUUCACCGAACUAUUAACUUAAAAUGGGUGCAUUUAAUUGUAUGCAAGCUAUGCUUCAAUAAAGUUAAUUUUAAAAGAUAA